UCCUUUUGCUUUCAUGCAACGCCUGGUAGCCUGGGAUCAGGCAUGCCACCCCCUUCAGCCCGCGGCCUUUAAAUCCAUGGAAGUGGCUAACUUCUAUUACGAGGCGGACUGUCUGGCUGCUCUGAACAAGCUGCACCCCCGGGCGGCGGGGGCCCGCUCCAUGACCGAGCUCACCGUGGGGGAUCACGAGAGAGCCAUCGACUUCAGCCCUUACCUGGACCCUUUAGCAUCGCAGCAACAGCAGCAGCCGCCGCCGCCGCAGCAACAGCAGCCGCCGCCUCCUUCCACGGCAGCAGGGGGCAACUUUGAGCCUGUUUGCAGCAGCGGCGGGAGCAGCGGCCAAGAUUUCCUCUCCGAUCUCUUCUCCGAGCAGGACUAUAAAGGCGGCGGGAAGAAGCACCCCGACUACGCUUACAUCAGCCUAAGCAGACACAGCCACCACCCGGGCGUCGGACAGAGCCAUAAAGCCGGGUCGCUGCUGGGCUGCUUCCCGCCGCAGAUGGUGGAGACCAAAGUGGAGCCGGUCUUCGAGCACUUGGAUUCUUGCAAAGGGGCCCGCAAGGAAGAAGGCGGCGGCGGCGGAGGAGGAGCAGGGCCCGGCCUGGGGGGAAUGUCCUCGCCUUACGGCAGCACCGUCCGCUCCUAUUUGGGCUACCAGUCCGUGCCGAGCGGGAGCAGCGGGAACCUCUCCACCUCUUCGUCCUCCAGCCCUCCCGGCACCCCGAACCCGUCCGAUUCCUCGAAAUCCGCGUCGGUCGGAGGAGGAAGUGGUGGCGGCGGCGUUUACCCGGCAGGCCCCGGCGGCGGCGGCAGCGGCAAGAACAAGUCCAAGAAGAGCGUGGACAAGCACAGCGACGAGUACAAGAUCCGCCGCGAGAGGAACAACAUCGCCGUGCGCAAGAGCCGCGACAAAGCCAAGAUGCGCAAUCUGGAGACGCAGCACAAAGUCUUGGAACUGACGGCCGAGAACGAGAGGCUCCAAAAGAAAGUCGAGCAGCUGUCCCGGGAACUCAGCACCCUCAGGAACUUGUUCAAACAGCUGCCCGAGCCGCUUUUGGCCUCCUCCGGACAUUGCUAGCCUUUCCCCUCCCCGUUGACCCCGAACAGCUGGACGCCGCUGGAAACAACGCUGUGGUUUGGGCAGGCGGGAGGGUUGGGGAGGCUUCCGGGAAGGAAUGAAGCGGUG